AUGAUGUUAUCACUGUCCGCCAAGAAUCACUUCACAGUGAAUAACUCGAUAACCCAUAUCGUCAAGUCAUAUCAUAUAAAGACUCUCACUACAAACGCAAAGACAAUGCCGCAUAUCACUACAUCCUUUACCACUACUGCUAGCAGUACAAAAUUAAAGGCUUUCAGGCAAGUUAGGCCUGUUCUGCAGAGGCAUAGCUCAUCAUGGAUGGCCUCCCAAUGCCAAAAAAGGUCAAUAUCUGGCCAAUCUUCGCUAAAAGACCUGCGCCAUUUAAACCGCUUCCCACAUCACACGUUGAAAACCGCCAACGAUGAAUUUUAUCCUGCCGAACAAUUGACUUUGGAUGACGUAAAUGAAAACGUCUUGAAGGCUAGGUACGCGGUUAGAGGUGCCAUCCCCAUGAGAGCUGAAGAGUUAAAAACUCAGCUCGAGAAAGAUCCUCAAUCUUUGCCAUUCAAUAAAAUUAUCAAUGCCAAUAUCGGUAACCCUCAACAACUACAACAAAAACCUUUGACUUACUACAGACAAGUCUUAUCUCUUUUACAAUACCCAGAACUACUAAAUCAUAACGAACAACAGCUAGUUGACUCUAAACUAUUCAAAAUCGAUGCCAUUAAACGUGCCAAAAGCUUGAUAAAAGAUAUCGGUGGUUCCGUUGGUGCUUAUUCUUCUUCUCAAGGUGUAGAAGGUAUAAGAAGAAGCGUUGCUGACUUCAUUACUAAAAGAGAUGACGGCGAAACAGCCUACCCAGAAGAUAUAUUUUUAACCGCUGGUGCAUCUGCAGCCGUGACUUACUUGCUAUCCAUCUUCUGUAGAGGUCCAGAAACAGGUGUCCUGAUACCUAUUCCACAAUACCCACUAUAUACUGCCACUCUGGCCUUAAACAAUUCUCAGGCCCUGCCAUACUACUUGGACGAAAAUUCAGGUUGGUCUACUAAUCCAGAAGAAAUUGAAACUGUCGUCAAAGAAGCUAUACAAAACGAAAUCAAACCUACCGUGCUAGUGGUCAUCAAUCCUGGCAAUCCUACAGGUGCUGUUCUAUCACCUGAAUCGAUAGCCCAAAUUUUUGAAGUUGCGGCCAAGUAUGGUACGGUAGUAAUCGCUGACGAAGUUUAUCAAGAAAACAUCUUCCCCGGCACCGAAUUCAAUUCAAUGAAAAAAAUUCUAAGACAUUUACAAAGAGACCACCCAGGUAAAUUUGAUAAUGUCCAGCUGGCUUCUUUGCACUCCACUUCAAAAGGUGUUUCCGGUGAAUGUGGUCAAAGAGGUGGUUACAUGGAACUCACUGGCUUUAGUCAUGAAAUGAGACAAGUCAUUUUGAAAUUAGCCUCAAUCUCAUUAUGCCCCGUCGUCACUGGUCAAGCUUUGGUAGAUUUGAUGGUUCGUCCACCAGUGGAGGGGGAAGAAUCGUUUGAAUCGGAUCAAUCAGAACGGAAUUCCAUUCAUGAAAAGUUAAAUACAAGAGCAAUGACUUUAUACGAGACAUUCAAUUCUUUAGAAGGUAUCGAAUGCCAAAAGCCCCAAGGUGCUAUGUACUUAUUUCCCAAGAUAGACUUACCUUUCAAGGCAAUUCAGGAAGCCCAUCAUUUGGAAUUGACGCCUGAUGAAUUUUAUUGUAAGAAAUUGCUAGAAACUACUGGUAUUUGUACAGUUCCUGGUUCCGGAUUUGGACAAGAACCCGGUACUUAUCAUCUAAGAACAACAUUCUUGGCACCUGGUGUUGAAUGGAUGAAGAAAUGGGAAAUUUUUCAUAAGGAAUUUUUUGACCAAUAUCGUGACUAA